AUGGCGCCCGGGAGCUGCAUGCAGAAGCUGGUCAGCCCUUACAAGUUCUAUGCUGCUUUCGAGAACUCUCGAUGCCGUGGCUACAUCACGGAGAAGUUUAGAACUGGGUUCUCGUACGGCAUGGUGCCGGUAGCUUUCGGUGGCAUGAGCAGAUCGGAUUACGAGCUCAUAGCACCCCCGGAUUCCUUUGUCCACGUAGACGACUUUGGUUCGCUGAAGGAGCUAGCCAAGUUCCUGCUCGAGCUUGAUAAGGACGACAAGAAGUACAAUGCUUACUUCGCCUGGAAGUCGCGGCUUCAAGUGGAGGAUCGGAUGAUAACAGGCACUCGCGCGUACUGCGACCUGUGUCAGGAGCUUCAAAAGCCGAAAGCGCAGCAAAAGCCGGUGCGCAGAUUUGGCAACCUCACGAAGUGGUGGUACUCUGGCUGUCGCGACUAG